UAGUGGAAGUGUGAGGGCGGUGAGCGGGGCCCUCUUUGCUUUUCCAUUGAAAGCCAAGCUAGCCACCCAUCUACUUCUCCGAUAAAUAAAGCAAAUGUACAGACAUGUAAAAGAAGGUAAAUAAUGUCCACAUAUUAGAAACUCUAACAGGAAGAACAAAAAAAAAUACUUAAAAGAAAACAAAAGAGGGUGAGGAGGAGCGAAUUCUCCGUGGUUCUAGGCUUGCACUCCAACUCCCUAUCACCGAGAAUCCUCGCACUAGAAGUUGACGGUUUUGCUUCAAAGCCAACCGAACCUCUCCACCCCUAUUCUUAUCCUUCUUGUUUGCCCCCCUCACAAUAUUACUGACCUCCUCUCUUUUUAGCUAGCCCUUGUUAGAGAAGCAAGGCAAGGACAUGCCUUUACCGUGCUCCACUUUUGUUUCAUUUUUAGCUAUAACUCCCUCUCCUUUCUCUCUAGCUAUACCUGUGAUUUUUUUGGAGCCAACCCUUUUCUUAACCAACCUUAGCUAAGGGGCCGAGUGCACACAACUCGGUUAGAUAGCUCUUCCUCUCUGUCCCUUUCUAUUUGUUUCUUCCCACUCCCCCUCUCUUCACUCCACACCUCUCCUAUUUCCACCUAAUUUCCUAUAUUUUAACUUCUCUCUCUCUCUCUCUCUCUCUUAGCUAUAUGUGAGCAAGUGAGCUUGGCAACGGAAGGAAUGGCGGACUAAUUCACGGUUCUUCGUCACAAGAGGAAAGGGCGGCUUUUGACUCCUCUCGCUAUAUAUAAAUAAAUAAACUCCCACCCAUCCCAUCUUUGCUCUGCCUUUCUCUCACUAUAAAUAUAUUAUCGACACCCUCUUCCACUCCAUCCACCUCGCUUCCUCCAUCACUCUACCUUGUUUUCUCCUCCUCCUCUUCUCUUUCUCUCUCGUCUUAGCUAGGGGAAGGGGAUCGAUCGAGAUGGAAGCUCCAGAAGAAGCCAUGGGCUCCAACAGCACCACCAGCAACGGCAUGGGCGGCGAGUGUACUCAUGGCGCCUCCGCCACCAUCGUCGCGAAAGGAAAGCGCACCAAGCGGCAAAGGAUCCACCCGCCGGCCCUGGCGGCUGCCAUGGCGGUCACGGACUCCUCGUCGGCCUCCUCGGCUGAUGCUUCGGGGAGCAUCACCGAGGAGGAGGAGGACAUGGCCAAUUGCCUCAUCCUCCUUGCCCAGGGCCGCGGCCGCUCCCUCGAUCCCGGCCCCAAGCCGGAAUCGCCGGCCGAAGAGGGCGGCGGGACCGAGAAGUUCACGAGCCGGAGAUUCACAGAGGCGGCGGCGACGACUACCGGCGGCAAGGCUGGGUUCUACGUCUACGAGUGCAAGACAUGCAACAAAUGCUUCCCGUCGUUCCAGGCGCUCGGCGGGCACCGCGCCAGCCACAAGAAGCCUAAGCUGGCGAUCCCGGCGGCCGAAGAGAAGAAGAAGAUGGUCGAAGAAGAUAUGCUGCGGAUGAGCAUGAAUUCUUUCCCCAAGGCAGUCGUCGGCGGCAGCAGCAGCAGCACCAAGCCGAGGGUGCACGAGUGCUCGAUUUGCGGUUCGGAGUUCAACUCCGGCCAGGCGCUGGGGGGCCACAUGCGGCGGCACCGGCCGGCGGUCAUCCCGGAGGCCCCAGAAGCCAAGAAGGAGCGGACUAUCCUCUCCUUGGAUCUAAACCUUCCCGCGCCCUCCGACGACGACCGGCCCGACCUCCAAACACCGUCCUCCCCGGCUUUCUCCUUUGCCACCAAGCCGCCGCUCAUCUUCUCGCCGUCGGCGUCAGCCCUGGUGGAUUGCCAUUACUGAGACCAAAAUAAUGGAAACAAAGCCAUCCAUUCUUUCUUUCCUUCUUUUUCAUUUCAUUUCAUUGGCCUUUUAUUUUUUUGUUCCAACAGAUUAAACUGGGGAUUAUGUGGGUCAUGUGAACUACUUAUUCGCAAGUUGCUAUUGAUAUAUAUCUAUAUAUCUAUAUAUAUAUGGAGAAGAUUCUUUGAAUUCUUUUUAUCAA